CCCAGUUGACCUGAGCUGCUGUGCGCACUGUGCGAGUGUGUGAGCGGAGCCGGAGCUCUGCGUUCAGCCCAGCUGUCUGUCCAUCAGCAGCACCGCGCGCGGCUCCCAAGAGACCUGGGAGAUGAAUCCUCCAAUCCUGAGACAAUGAGAUGCUUCACAUCGUGACUGUUCCCUUUACACCCCAUCAUAACCUGGUGGGACACUCUGGGAUAUACUAUAUAGGACAAGAGCACCUCCAUUAGAAAAACCAGUGCAAAAUGUAUCUAACUCGGAGAAAGAGACUUCAGUUGACCCGUAUUAUAUUUCUUCUGUCUGGGGUUUUGCUUUGUUGUAUAUACCAACUAACAGUUAGAACCAGAUUACCAGGACCCUGGACCGAACCUCAGAUUGGAGAAAAUCCCAAAGUUGACCUUGAAAAUGCUACUAAAGGACUAGCAGGGAAAGCCGUAGCACCAGCUAAGCUGACCACCACUGCUGUGGGAGAAGGUAUAUCGUUGCAAACAGAGCAUAAGUCAGACACAACUGCAUCCGCCACCCCUCUGAGACCAGAGAAAACAGAAACAACAGCGGUACGCCCAGCGACCACCACAAACAAGACAAUUGUCCGCUGCGUCUAUGUAGAUCCAGACCUUCCGAAGCCCACUCCAGUUCCUACACCAGCACCUGAACCCACUCACCCUACACCUACAAUCAGCAUCCCUGGCCCUGCAGAGCCCCCUCCCGUAAAGGGUGAAUAUCCUCAGGACAUCUUCUCAAUUGAAGAACGACGGAGAGGCUGGGUGUUACUGCACGUCUUUGGGAUGAUAUACAUGUUUGUUUCUUUGGCCAUUGUGUGUGAUGAGUUCUUUGUCCCUACUCUUGGUGUCAUCACUAAAAAGCUGGAGAUUUCAGAUGACGUUGCGGGUGCAACAUUCAUGGCGGCUGGUGGCUCUGCUCCUGAACUCUUUACUUCCCUGAUUGGUGUCUUUAUCUCACACAGCAAUGUGGGCAUAGGAACUAUCGUAGGCUCAGCUGUAUUUAACAUCCUUUUUGUAAUCGGAAUGUGUGCUUUGUUCUCACGGGAGAUGCUCUACCUCACCUGGUGGCCUCUCUUCAGAGACGUGUCCUUUUACAUCUUAGAUCUGAUCAUGCUCAUCAUCUUUUUCUUGGACAAUACCAUCGUGUGGUGGGAGAGCGUAAUGCUGGUGGCUAGUUAUGCAAUCUAUGUCUACUUCAUGAAAUACAACGUUCAGAUUGAGCGAGCAUUCAAGUCGCAGCUCCUCAGGCACAAGAACAUCGUCAAAGUCAUCCCAGUAGAGGAGCCUGAGAAGGAAAAUGGGACACCAGUUGAAACUAAUUCUACUCCUGAGCCUGAAGACAAGAAUCUAUUAAAGCUGAGGCCCACACUACAACGAGGGGGUAGUUCAGCAUCUUUGCAUAACAGCACCAUGAGGAACACCAUUUUCCAGCUCAUGAUUCACACACUGGACCCUUUGGGUGAGGACUCAGUGAUAAAUGGGGGUACAAAGCCAAGCAGCUCUUUGGGAAGUAAAGUGAAGUUUAAAGACAAGGCUCAGAUUUUGAACAGCAUGGCCAGGGGGAGAGUAGAGGGCAAAGAGAAGGAAAAAUCAGGCAAAGGUGAAGAUUGUAAGAUAGAGGAACGAGAGGAAUCCAAAGAGCCAGCAGGUGCACCUUCUUCUAAAAAGGCAGACACCAAGGAAAAGCCAGAGGGACAGAAGGAGGAAGAAGAGGCAGUAGCAGGAGAGGGAGGGGGCUCAGAAGGAUCAGAAGGCUCUGAUGAUAGUGAUGAGGACAGUGAUGAGGACAGUGAUGAGGACAGUGAUGAGCACAGUGAUGAAGAUCAGGAUGAAGAUGGCUUAGAGGAUGAUGAUGGAGAGGAAAAUGAGGAGCCUCUGUCCUUGGACUGGCCAGACACCAGAAGGAAACAAGCCACGUACCUGUUUCUUCUGCCCAUUGUAUUUCUUCUGUGGCUCACCAUACCGGAUGUCAGAAAUCCAGCAUCCAGGAAGUACUUUGCCAUCACCUUCCUGGGUUCCAUAGUGUGGAUUGCUAUUUUCUCCUACCUCAUGGUGUGGUGGGCGCAUCAGGUAGGUGAAACCAUUGGCAUUUCAGAAGAGAUAAUGGGUCUCACCAUUCUGGCAGCGGGUACAUCCAUUCCUGACCUAAUCACUAGUGUGAUUGUAGCUCGCAAAGGCCUGGGAGACAUGGCAGUUUCCAGCUCUGUAGGCAGCAACAUAUUUGACAUUACUGUGGGGCUGCCUGUGCCCUGGUUAAUGUAUUCAUUCGUCCAUGGGCUGGCACCUGUGGCUGUCAGCAGCAAUGGACUUUUCUGCGCCAUCGUGCUGCUCAUCCUCAUGCUCCUUUUUGUCAUCAUCUCCAUCGCAGUCUGUAAAUGGAGGAUGAAUAAAAUGCUGGGCUUCACCAUGUUCAUGCUCUACUUUGUGUUCCUUGUGCUCAGUGUAAUGCUGGAGGACCGCAUUAUUGUCUGUCCCGUGUCAAUUUGAGCAACACCUUAAAUUCCUAGUGUCUACUAAAUUGUUAAACAUUCCAGGGUAUAAUCAGUCAUUUUUUCCUGUUUUAUUUCAUCUCUCCCUACUAACCACCUGAAAAGAU